AAGUUGCUGUCAGUCCUUUGAGCACAGCAGUCACAGUCGCAAACCCAGAAGCAGCAGUUUCUCUGUAAAGGCGUUCCGAGGAUUCCCAGCGCGCCAUCCUCUCUACCUGUCCGACAGGUGUAGCCGGCUGUCUCGGCUGACUGAGGCAGAAGACGGCUCUAAGCGGGGGGGGCCAUUCAUGGUCAUCUAUGGGUGAGUGUCUGCGGAAAGCUUGUCCAUGUCUGGAAGCAUUAUGGCAGAGGAUUUUCAGCGACAAGAAGCCUUCUCUGGGAGAAGGAGGAGGAGGAGGAGUAAAUGGUGGCAGUGGGGACCACCGCAGUGAGAGUCCACCGAGUCCGAGUCCGGCGCCGCAGGAGAGCGUGACCGAGAGCGGCUCCAUCUACACGGCGGUCUGGUCGUUUGAAGCCCGGCACCAGGAUGAGCUGUCGUUCCAGGAGGGGGAUCUGUUCAGUGUUGUCAGCCGCACCGGGGACUGGUGGACCGCACGGAGGCUCGACAAGAACGGGUGCGUCCUGAGCACCGGGAUCGUGCCCCACAACUACCUGGCCAGGGCUGAAUCCCUAAAAAUGCAACCGUGGUAUUUUGGGACAAUGAACCGCUUUGAGGCCCAAAGCCACCUGCUGGGACCAGGAAAUGACCAGGGGUCUUUCCUCAUCCGACACAGCGAGAAAGACAACGUUGGAUACGUUCUUUCAGUGAGGUCCAGCAGUCGGGUGAAGCACUUUAAGAUCCUCCAAGCAGAUGAGAGCAAUUUUCACGUGGAGUACAACCACCACUUCAGCUCUCUGAUUGACUUGGUGGAACACUACUGUGUCAACAGCCUGAACAACACAUGCAGACUUGGAAACCCCUGCAAGAGGAAAAAGCCCAGCACCCCAGAUUUGAAUCAUUUUACGGUGGAUGAGUGGGAACUCCCGAAAGAGGAAUUUACCCUGGAGGAGGAGCUGGGCAGCGGCUACUUCGCUGAUGUCUACAGAGGACACUGGAAAAACCAUAUUCCAGUUGCCAUCAAGAUCCUCAAAAGUGACUCAGAGUUGAACCACCGUGAAUUUCAGAGGGAAGUUCAGAUCCUGAAGAGCCUCCGCCAUCGUCACCUCAUCUCUCUGUUUGCUGUCUGCUCGGCCUCAGCACCUUACUACAUCAUCACCGAGCUGAUGGAGAAAGGCAGCCUGCUCAAUUUCCUCAGAAGUUCAGAGGGGCAGAAUCAAGACAUUGUGUCACUUAUUGACAUGGGUGCUCAGGUGGCUGAUGGGAUGUCGUACCUGGAGGAGCAGAACAGCAUCCACAGAGAUUUGGCAGCCCGAAACGUCCUGGUGAGAGAGGACUACAUCUGUAAGGUGGCCGACUUUGGACUGGCCAGAGUGAUCAAGGAGCCGUUCUACAUCACAGAAGAUAAAAAGAUUCCCUACAAGUGGAGCGCUCCUGAGGCCAUCAGCCAUGGGAAGUUCUCCAACAAGUCAGACGUCUGGUCUUUUGGUGUCUUGCUCUAUGAGAUUACCUCCUAUGGAGGCAUUCCUUACCCAGCCUUUAGCAACCAGGAAGUGUUCCAGCAGGUUACCAACGGGUACAGGAUGCCAGCUCCGGAAAAAUGUCCCGACUUGCUCUACGAAAUCAUGCUGAAAUGUUGGAGCACCAAGCCAGCUGACAGGCCAGACUUCAAGUCCCUCAAGGUCCAACUGGACAACAGCUUCUACAAGUGGGAGUAACCGUCCCGACUUCCUGCAGUACAUACUCAGUGCCACAGAGGGGCAGCAGAGAGCCGGACACUAAGCAGGGAUUGAGAGGACUGAGGAAAACGGAUACAAAACUGAUUUUACAUCAAGAAAGACAUUGACUGUGUGUGUGUGUGUGUGUGUGUGUGUGUGUGUGUAUGCAAUGUGCAAACCUGCAAAGCUUUAUUUAUUUUAUUCAGUCCACUAUGGCUGCAACUAUUGAUUAUUUUCAUUGUCAUUAAUCUGAUUUUUUUUUUUUUUUAAUUUUAGAGCUGAAACACAUUCAAAAAAUGAAUUGGCAACAAUUAAAAAAAAAAUAGAUUAAUCAAGUCAUUUUUUUUUUUUUUUUUUUUUUUUUAAACAAAAAUGUCAAUAAUUCUCUGGUUCCAGCUUGUCCAAUGUGAGAAUUUGCAGGUUUAUUUGGUCUUCUGUGAUUGGUCUUACCAUUGAUAAGACAAAAAAAAAAAAAAAAAAAAAAAAAAAGACAUUUAAAUGUCAACGUGGGCUCUAUGAAACUGUGAUGGGCAUUUUUCACUAUUUUCUGACAUGUUAUAGAUCUAGAAACGAUUAAUCGAGACAAAUGAUUACUCAACAAUAAAAAUAAUCGUUAAAUGCAGCUCUAAUUUCCGUCUUACCAACAGAUCAAAACCCAAAGACAUGCAGUUUGAAAUGCAGCGAAUCCUCACAUUUGAGGUUGAUUGUUUAGUAUUUUUACUAGAACAAAUGACUUAAACGAUUAAGUCCAUACUGCAAUGACGUGCGAAGCCACUGACAACACAAAACAGCCAACAUGUUCUACGGUUUGUUGUAAUUUCCUACAGAAUAAUAUUUUGGGUCUCUUUGUUAGAUUUCUUUAUUAUUUCUUUUGUUAAAUUAUGGUGUCUCUGUAGAUGGAGCACUUAGCCAAUAAAGCAUAUUUCGUACAUUUGCAGCCCAAUAACAGAUCUGGAAAUUUGGUAAGGCUAGCCCUCCAGAUUGUUUUGGUCUUUGCAUGAAAUCUUAACGAAUCCUUGGGGGUUUACUAUUCCAAAUGAAUGCAGAAAUAUAUUUGCCCAGUGUAUUAAAAUACUUUUUGGUGUACGAGUUGGGAUACAUUGAAAUAAAUACAAGAAUUUAGGUAAAGUAUGAAUAUUUACGAGAUUAAAGCUAGGGUACGUGAUGUUGGAGAAACUAGCAAGAGACAGCUAGAUUGUAAAAGUAUCCAACCGAAAAGAAAAAAAAUGUAAAAAACAAAACAAAACACCGCCUCCCUUCAGGCCUCCCUCCAAAGCCACUCCCCCAAAAACACAUUUUCAUGUACAAUGAGUGCACGGGCAGGUAGGUAGGAUUUUAAAUUCUAUUCUGGAUUUUACAGGCAGCCAGUGCAGAGAAGCUAAUAUUGGAGAAUGAUAUGAUGAUAUGAUCUCUUUUCCUAGUUCUUGUUCGUACACGUGCCGCAGCAUUCUGGAUCAACUGGAGAGUCUUAAGGGACUUAUUCGGGCAGCCGGAUAAUAAGGAAUUGCAAUAAUCCAGCCUGGAAGUAACAAAUGAUUCAAAUCAUUUUGAGACAGGAUGUGCCUGAUUUUUGCAAUGUUACAUAGGUGAAAAAGGCAGUCCUUGAAGUUUGUUUCAUGUGGGAGUUAAAAGGACAAAUCCUGAUCAAAGAUAACUCCCAUGAUUCCUUACGGUGGUGCUGGAGGCCAGGGCAAUGCAAUCUAGAGUAACUAUAUGAAUCCGCUCCUUCUCCUGGAAGUAGUGCACUUGAACGAUGAACGGCCACGGUCGGUCAGUCCCCCGUCAGAAGCACCUGCGACGCAGCACGAUGAGCCCUAUCGAGAUCGGCUGGGCCCUUCAAGCCGUUAGGACCCCGAAGUAUGUCGUAAAGAAGUUCGACAAUGAAUUGUGUAGGAUUUCCUCCAAGCAGACAUCAAAAUUAUUCAGCCUCUUCAUGAUCACGGUUUGUCGCAACAUUCAUCUAAGCCAAUUUUAAAUCGGAGAGAUUGAUCUCUUCUCGAAUAACUUCUUUGACUCUCUCUCAGAAUGCCUGUAGCAUGUUAGCAUCUACAGUGUUUCUGCUAGUAGCCUCCGAGUUACUAGCUUGCAUGGUUUUGAAGGCAUUUUUUUGUCCAAAAAUCUUUCCAUAAACUAAAAUACUUUGACUCUCAAAAUAUCCAAAUAUAUAUAUAUUUUUUUAAAGUCACUUAAUUUGGACCAUUUAAACAAAUUCUAACUUAUUUAUGCAUACAAGUUGGGACCUCGUGGUUUACACGUCUACUCCAUGAUGCGUCCCCUGGUGGCCUCUCAAAGCUCAGUCUUGACCUUGGAAACGCCGCUUGACAAUCUCACCUAAAGAUCCAUUUUAGUAGCUGUUCUGGAGCUUACGAUCACAUCACAUGAUCUUCAUCAUCAGAAAGAGAGUUUGACUGUUUGACUGUUUUGUCUGCUGUUUCCAAGGCCAAGAAUGAACUCUGAAACUCAAGUUUUAAGCCAACAUGGAUGAGAAGUUCUCCUUAACGUGCUCCGUUUUGUCAACAGCCUCCCUCUAAUUGAUGCUGGAUGAAAUGGAAGUAGAGCGCCAACUAAUAAUUUUGAGUUAUGACAAAAUAUAAAGAGAAACACACCAGCAGUAAACAAAUGCCUCGUAUAAGUUACUUUGCUAGAACAAAUGUCUUACUUGUUGAAAACUCUCUACCUGUCUGCAAUAUUUACCUUUGGCCAGCAAGGGGCAGCACAGUCACAGUCUGAGGAGCUCUUUCCUCUCUUUUCUAACUUCACUAAGAGUGAAGUUUUUAAUUGCACAAAUCAGUCACUUGCUUUCCAACAGUAUACACUCCCAGUAUUUCAACAGUUUCUCUCAAAUCGAAUCCAGUCUUCUCUGAACUGCUCUGAACUGGAAUUGCUCCAUUAAUCAGCAAACUGACGAGUUAUCACAUCAAAAUAAAUCCUCUUCCUCCAGACAGUCAUCCUCAGCUUUCUCUUACUUUUUGCAUCAGUGCCAUAGAUCAGCGUGUGAUCCCUUGAAACUAAAUCUGUCUUUGGUUGAAUGAUGACAAAUUAAAUUGUUUGAGUCCUGAUGAAGUAAAAUUAUCCAGAUUAGAGGGGAGUCUAAAAUAAUUAGCAUAAUUUUGUGUAGCAUACUUUUUCCCUGCUUUCCUUAUCUGUUAAUCAUCUCGCCAAACCCUCAAAUUAAUCUUCAGGACCAGGUUAAGAACCACUGCCAUAGAUUGCAUAUGUGGACUAUGACAAACCAACCCAACUUUUUUGGAAAAUAUGCAAAAUGCACAUGUCAACAACAGUGAAAGUGAAGGAUUUAAGGCAAAAAAAAUUUAAAACAGUUUGUCCCAGGAUAUUUUCUUGAUUACUACUACUUAAAAACUGUAUCAAAGCAAAUCAAUAAAUGUAGUGAUGUCACCUAAGGAAAUACUUCUAAACAGUUUUAUGAAUUAUGUUUGAACAGAUUUUAAUCCCAGGUCACAUUUUGCUUCUAGUUUUUCUAGUUGAAUGUUGCUCAUCCUUGUUGCUGAUGAAAUGGCUGGUAAGACCUUAUUUCUAGUGUCAGAUUUGUAAAUGAUUCACAUGCGACUCUUGUGGAACAGCAUGUACUGCUGUCCCAUUUAAACAUCUGAUGGCUUAUCAAAGCACCUGCCUCACCCAAAGUGUUGUAAAAGUGUUGAAUGUAACCCUCAUAGCACUUUCAACCUGCUGCAAACACAACGCGAGUUGCUGCAUAUAUGUACAGUCCUCUGUAUAGGCUUCUUUUUGUAUUCUGCCUGUUUUUAUGCCAUUUAAUGUGCAAUGAUGUUAUAAGUCUAUAAAUAAUGAAUAAGUAAUGACAA